AAAUUAUAAUGAUAAAAAUAAUCCCGAUAAUAAGAUAAUUGGGUUUAAUGGGCACGAUCUUGUAUUUCCCAGUAAUAUAUCCAACGUAACAGCAACACAACAUCAGCAGCUACAAACCCCCUCCCCCGAAGAGAAAAAAAAACCGAACGGUUGUUUUUGUUAAGUAUGAAGUGGAAUUGACUUCGUGAGGACGAGACACCUGAUGACUCCUCUCUCCCCUCCUUUCGUCCUCAUACGGAGUGUGCUGGGGACGUAAUGUGUUGCUCACAGGGUCAAACUUCCAAAGUCCCUCUCCGUGAUCGGGAUUUUUAAUCGAGGUAUAAAGCCUCAAAGGCAAUCUAACACCUGCAAAAAAGUCACGUUAUCGCGGAAGAGCUACACGGCUUUCUCUGAUUUUUUUGCAGACAAAGCGGAUCUGUUCGAUACUGGAAGAACCCCUUUCAGCACCGGAGGAGGUGUUGUGUGACUCAUGCGUGCGUAGUAACGGAUAAAUAGGCGAUUCAUGCUUUAAAAAACAGCGAAUCAAACAUACUUCAACAGGAAGGUCACUGGAUGGAAUUUUUGCAGUCUAUUGAUAUUCAGACCUCGUUUUCCUUGGAGCGUUAUAAGUGCACUUAACGUUGCAUGGCUAUAGGCUGUAAUUUGGUUGUUCUGAGAUAGUUUCUUGGACUCUAAAACCUAUACACCUGUGACUGGUCGCCAACACGUCAACUGUCACUGUUCAUCUUGGGUAAAAUAAGAGAGGUUUCGGAGAAAGUGACAGCGCGCGGUGGAGUGAGGACUUUUGUAUCUCAGGACUGAUGGCGGCGUCUGCACCUUCCUCCUCUGGCGGCGAUCCGGAUCCCAACUCGGCUAAUUUACGACCACCAUCCACAACCUAUGACUCAUGGUGUGGAGUUGCACAUGGAUGUACAAGAAAGCUCGGAAUGAAGAUCUGUGGGUUCUUACAGAAGAAUAACAGCCUAGAGGAGAAAAGCAGGAUUGUCAGUUCCUUCAAGGAACGCCAAUCUCCCAAGAACCUCCUGUCUUGCGAAAACAGCGACAGAGACUCGCGGUUCAGGCGCACCGAGACCGACUUUUCAAAUCUCUAUGCCAGAGAUUUAUUACCUGCCAAAAAUGGGGAGGAGUCGACGAUGCAGUUCUUGCUGGAGGUUGUUGACAUUCUCACGAACUAUGUCCGGAAGACCUUUGAUAGAUCUACGAAAGUCCUGGACUUCCACCACCCGCACCAGCUUCUGGAAGGCAUGGAGGGCUUUAACCUGGAGCUCUCAGACCAGCCUGAGUCUCUGGAGCAGAUCCUGGUGGACUGCCGAGACACCCUGAAAUACGGCGUGAGAACAGGUCACCCCAGGUUUUUCAAUCAGCUGUCCACGGGACUUGAUAUAAUUGGGUUAGCUGGAGAGUGGCUCACCUCCACCGCCAACACUAACAUGUUCACCUAUGAGAUUGCCCCGGUCUUCGUGCUCAUGGAGCAGCUGACACUCAAGAAGAUGAGGGAGAUUAUUGGCUGGCCAGGCGGAGAUGGGGAUGGAAUAUUCUCACCAGGAGGAGCAAUCUCCAACAUGUACAGCGUCAUGGUGGCACGCUACAAGUACUUCCCAGAGGUCAAGACCAAAGGCAUGUCUGCUGCCCCCAAGCUGGUUCUCUUCACGUCAGAACACAGCCACUACUCAAUAAAGAAAGCUGGAGCGGCUCUGGGCUUCGGAACGGAGAACGUGAUCUUGCUGAACUGCGAUGAGAGAGGGAGAGUCAUUCCUGCUGACCUGGAGGCCAAGGUCCUUGAUGCCAAACAAAAGGGGUACGUCCCACUGUUCGUGAACGCCACCGCCGGCUCCACGGUGUACGGGGCCUUCGACCCCAUCAACGACAUCGCCGACAUCUGCGAGAAAUACAACAUGUGGCUCCACGUGGAUGGCGCCUGGGGAGGCGGGUUGCUGAUGUCCAGGAAGCACCGUCACAAGCUGAGCGGCAUUGAGAGGGCCAACUCUGUCACCUGGAAUCCCCACAAGAUGAUGGGCGUGCCCCUGCAGUGCUCUGCCAUCCUGGUCAGAGAGAAGGGACUCCUCCAGGGCUGCAAUCAGAUGUGUGCCGGCUACCUCUUCCAGCCGGACAAACAGUACGACGUCACCUACGACACCGGCGACAAGGCCAUCCAGUGCGGCAGACACGUGGACAUCUUCAAAUUCUGGCUCAUGUGGAAAGCAAAGGGGACAAUCGGUUUUGAGCAGCACAUCAACAAGUGCUUGGACCUCUCGGAGUACCUCUACACCAAAAUAAAGAACCGCGAGGGGUACGAGAUGGUGUUCGAGGGAGAGCCCCAGCACACCAAUGUCUGCUUCUGGUACAUUCCACCAAGCCUGCGCGGCAUGCCUGACGGCGAGGAGCGUCGAGAGAGGUUGCACAAGGUGGCUCCCAAAAUCAAAGCGAUGAUGAUGGAGUCGGGGUCCACCAUGGUGGGCUACCAGCCUCAGGGAGAGAAGGUCAACUUCUUCCGGAUGGUCAUCUCCAACCCCGCCGCCACCAGGUCAGACAUUGACUUCUUGACCGAUGAGAUCGAGAGGCUGGGGCAGGACUUGUAAGAGGGCGCCGCCCUGGUGGAGGACGCCUUUUCUUCUUUCCUCCUUUCCUUCUUUUCCUUUUUUUUUUUUGCAACCAGCUCUGACAUGGCCUGCUCUGAAAGGACCUAGAGCCAGGUUUCAUGCUCCUUGUCGUAUCCCAAGCAAUCCCACCGUAGGAUUCUGAAACUUUAGCCUGUAGGUCUUUUUAGGCGCGGGUGACAUCCGACAAGCGUUCCGUCUCACGUGUGUUCCAGUCCAUCCUGUCUCUUAGCGGUGACUGUUCCUCCAUUAGAUGUAACUACUGUAUUUAAGAAUCCGCGGAAAGUGUAAAAUGGCGUGCAUUCGGCUCGCUCGGUUUGAUGAGCGACUCUUUGCAUCUGUGAUGUGUGAGCGCGGGUAGGGUGAGGUAGCACAAGGAGCCCUGAUAUGACACUAUGUGUAAAGUGUUGUGGAAAGUGUGUGCUGUGGUCCACCCCCCCCCCCCCCCC